AUCUAUCUUUAAAGAUUUUGAGAGUUUGGGCAUUGGGUAUCGUUUGAACCAUAAGGCAUAACUGAAAGGUGUCGAAGAAUAAAACUACCUGUCUACAAGAUGACGAGCUUUGCCUUCAUGACUGGCGCGAUUUUCCUUUUAAAUCAAUUUGUACCACAUCAAUGUCAAGAUGGGUCGCUAAGGUUACAAGGGCCAUCAAGUUGGAAUGGUGCUGGCCGUAUCGAAGUAUUGCACAAAGGACACUGGGGAACAAUCUGUGAUGAUGGAUGGGAUAUGAAAGAUGCUAAAGUCGCAUGUCGUCACCUUGGUUAUAAAGAUGUUGCAAGAACUCUUCAGAGGAACGAGGUUCCUUCAGGCUCUGGAAAUAUUUGGCUAGUUGCUCUUGAUUGUACUGGAGAUGAAGAAAAUAUUACAAGCUGUUAUCAUAAUGGAUGGGGGAUUCAUUCUUGCUCUCAUACUCAAGAUGCUGGAAUGAAAUGUUCUACAACGGGUUUCGACACUAACCCUAUCCGAGUGCGUUUACAAGGACCAUUAAGCGGGAAUGGUAUCGGCCGUGUUGAAAUUCUCUAUCAUGGAUAUUGGGGAACAAUUUGCGAUUAUGGAUGGGAUAUCAGAGAUGCUAGGGUUGUUUGUCGUGAACUUGGUUAUGAUUUAAAUCUUGUACAUGCCAGAACGCUUUACCGAAACCUGGUCCCAUCUGAUCCAUCUAGCUCUAGACAGAUAUGGUUAGCCCACGUCGCAUGUAAUGGAAAGGAAAAUAAUAUUAGAGGUUGCUCUCAUAAUGGUUGGGGAGUUAAUUAUUGCUCUCAUUCUCAAGACGCCGGAGUGGAGUGUUCAAGCACAGAGGUAUUGAUAAGAUUGCAAGGACCGAUAAGUGCUAAUGGUACUGGUCGUGUGGAAGUAUUCUACAAUAAUGAAUGGGGAACGAUUUGUGAUAAUCGGUGGGACAUAAGAGAUGCUCAGGUUGUAUGUCGUCAACUUGGUUAUAAAGAUGCUGCUAGGGCACUUCAUGGUGGGCAGGUUCCUUCUGGUUCUGGACGGAUAUGGCUGGGUUAUGUCGAUUGCAAUGGAAAGGAACAAAAUAUAACAAGUUGUCAUCACAGAGGUUGGGGAGUUCAAUAUUGCUCUCAUAGUGAAGACGCUGGAGUUGAAUGUACUACAACAGAUUUCUCACCUAUACCUGUGAGACUAAGAUUACAAGGCCCAUUAAGUGAAAAUGGUACUGGUCGUGUUGAAGUAUUUUACAACGGCUAUUGGGGAACAAUCUGUGAUGAUGGAUGGGAUUUGAGGGAUGCUAGGGUAGCCUGUCGUCAACUGGGGUACAGAGAUGCUUUCAGACCACUUCAAAGAUACACUUUUCCUUCUGGCUCUGGACAAAUAUGGUUAGCUUAUGUCGCUUGUAAGGGGGAGGAACAAAAUAUCGCAAGUUGUACACACAGCCCUUGGGGAGUUGAUUAUUGCUCUCAUUAUCAAGACGCUGGAGUGAAAUGUUCCAAAACCGAUUACCCAGCUGAUAUCAAGUCCGUGAAACUAAGAUUACAAGGACCUCACAGUGCAAAUGGUACAGGUCGUGUUGAAGUAUUCUAUCAUGGAUAUUGGGGAACAAUUUGCGAUUAUGGAUGGGAUAUGAGAGAUGCUAGGGUUGUUUGUCGUCAACUUGGUUAUGAUCCUGAUAAUGUACAUGUAAGGACACUUCAAAGAUACUCGUUUCCUUCUGGUUCUGGUCAGAUAUGGCUGGCGAACAUAGUUUGUACUGGUGAUGAACAAAAUUUAACAAGCUGUUCUCAUGAUGGUUGGGGGGAUCAUUCUUGUUCCCAUUAUCAAGACGCCGGAGUAGAAUGUAUUUCGAAAGCUGUAUUGGUAAGGUUGCAAGGACCAUUAAGUUCAAAUGGUACUGGUCGUGUUGAAGUAUUCUUAAAUGGAAUUUGGGGAACAAUUUGCGAUCGUGGAUGGGAUAUAACAGAUGCCAGGGUUGUAUGUCGUCAAUUUGGUUAUCCAGAUGCUGUUAGGGCCCUCAAAGGUUGGGAGACACCUCCUCGUUUUGGAAGAACAUGGUUAUCUGGCGUCGCAUGUACUGGGGAAGAGCAGAGUAUUCUAAGCUGUCCUCACAAUAAUCGGCCAUGGUGGCAUAUUCACUAUCUUUGCUAUUACUACAGGGACGCCGGUGUUGAAUGUUCCACAGAAGAUUUUUCAGCUACGCCCGUGUUAGUCAGGUUGCAGGGACCACAAAGUUCUAAUGGUACUGGACGUGUUGAAGUAUUCUUUCAUGGAAUUUGGGGAACAAUCUGCGAGAACGGCUGGGAUAUAAGGGACGCUAGGGUUCUAUGUCGUCAACUUGGCUAUCUCGAUGCUGUUAGAACUCUUCGAAGGAACGAAGUUGCUUCAGGUUCUGGACAGAUAUGGUUAAAUUUCGUAGAUUGUACUGGCGAAGAACAGAAUAUAACUAGUUGUUCUCAUAGUCCUUGGGGAGAUAAUUAUUGCUCUCAUUAUUAUGACGUCGGAGUGGAAUGUUCUACAACAGAUAUUUCAACUACACCUGUGGCGGUCAGGCUGCAAGGACCAUUGAGUAAAAAUGGUAUAGGUCGUGUUGAAGUAUUCUAUAAUGGAUAUUGGGGGACAAUCUGCGAUUAUGGAUGGGACAUAAAUGAUGCUAAGGUUGUAUGUCGUCAACUUGGUUUUCCGGAUACUGUUAGGACUCUUCCAAGAAAUCUGGUCCCCUCUGGUUCUGCACAAAUAUGGCUAGCUUACGUCGCUUGCACUGGGAAAGAACAGAAUAUUACAAGCUGCCCAAAUAACAAUUGGGGGAAGACUUCUUGCUCUCAUUAUCAAGACGCCGGAGUAGAAUGUUCACGGUCAGUUAUAACUGUGUCGCCCAGGUUACAAGGGCCAUUAAGUGAAGACGGCACUGGUCGAGUUGAGAUAUUCUACAAUGGAACAUGGGGAACAAUUUGUGAUAAUGGAUGGGAUAUGAAAGAUGCUAGGGUUUUAUGUCGUCAACUUGGUUUUAAAGAUGUUGCUAGGGAGCUUCGUAGUGGACAGUUUCCUUCUGGUUCUGGCCAAGUAUGGUUACAAUCUGUUGAUUGUACAGGUUCAGAGCGUGAUAUAGCAAGGUGUUCUCAUAGUGGUUGGGGUGUUACAUCUUAUUAUUGCCAACAUUCAAAAGACGUCGGAGUCGAAUGUAGUAGAACAGAUUUUUCAACUACCCCUGUGUUGCUAAGGUUACAAGGCCCAGUAAGUGAAAAAGGAGCUGGUCGUGUUGAAGUACUCUAUCAUGGAUAUUGGGGGACAAUCUGUGGUUAUAGCUGGAGUAUGAGAGAUGCUACGGUUGUAUGUCGUCAACUUGGGUAUCUUGACGCUGUUAAAACUCUUCAAAGGAACGAAUUUCCUCCAGGUUCCGGACAGAUAUGGUUGAGUCAGAUAACUUGCACUGGGAAAGAGCAAAAUAUAACAAGUUGUUCACAUCAACCGUGGGGAGAUCAUUAUUGCUCUCAUAAUAACGACGUCGGAGUGGAAUGUUCUACAACAGAUAUUUCAACUACAUCUGUGGCGGUAAGGCUGCAAGGACCAUUGAGUAAAAAUGGUAUAGGUCGUGUUGAAGUAUUCUAUCAUGGAUAUUGGGGGACAAUCUGCGAUGAUGGAUGGGACAUGAAUGAUGCCAAGGUUGUAUGUCGUCAACUUGGUUUUCCGGAUACUGUUAGGACUCUUCAAAAAAAUCUGGUCCCCUCUGGUUCUGGACGAAUAUGGCUAGCUCACGUCGCUUGCACUGGGAAAGAACCGAAUAUUACAAGCUGCCCAAAUAACAAUUGGGGGAAGAGCUCUUGCUCUCAUUAUCAAGACGCCGGAGUAGAAUGUUCAAGGACAGUUAUAACUGUGUCGCUCAGGUUACAAGGGCCAUUAAGUGAAGACGGCACUGGUCGAGUUGAGGUAUUUUACAAUGAUACAUGGGGAACAAUUUGUGAUAAUGGAUGGGAUAUGAAAGAUGCCAGGGUUAUAUGUCGUCAACUUGGUUUUAAAGAUGUUGCUAGGGAACUUCGUAGUGGACAGUUUCCUUCUGGUUCUGGACAAGUAUGGUUACAAUCUGUUGAUUGUACAGGUUCCGAGCGUGAUAUAGCAAGGUGUUCUCAUAGUGGUUGGGGUGUUACAUCUUAUGAUUGCAAACAUUCAAAAGACGUCGGAGUCGAAUGUAGUAGAAUAGAUUUUUCAACUACCCCUGUGUUGCUAAGGUUACAAGGCCCAGUAAGUGAAAAAGGAGCUGGUCGUGUUGAAGUACUCUAUCAUGGAUAUUGGGGGACAAUCUGUGAUUAUAGCUGGAGUAUGAGAGAUGCUACGGUUGUAUGUCGUCAACUUGGGUAUCUUGACGCUGUUAAAACUCUUCAAAGGAACGAAUUUCCUCCAGGUUCCGGACAGAUAUGGUUGAGUCAGGUCGCUUGUACUGGGAAAGAGCAAAAUAUAACAAGUUGUUCACAUCGACCGUGGGGAGAUCAUUAUUGCUCUCAUAAUAACGACGUCGGAGUGGAAUGUUCUACAACAGCUAUAACUGCGCCAAUCAGGUUGGAAGGGCCAUCACGUAAAGAGGGUAUUGGUCGUGUUGAAAUAUUCUACAAUGGAAAAUGGGGAACAAUCUGCGAUUCUGGAUGGGAUUUGAGAGAUGCUAGGGUUGCUUGUCGUCAGCUUGGUUAUCCUGAUGCUGUCAGGGCUCUUGAAAGGAACAGCGUUCCUUCUGGCUCAGGAAGAAUAUGGUUGAUGGCCGUCUCGUGCACUGGGGAAGAACAAAAUAUUGCAAGUUGUUUUCAUAAUGGUUGGGGAGUUCAUUCUUGCCACCAUAAUCAAGACGCCGGAGUACAAUGUUCUGCGACUGAGAGACCAAAUGUAACAGUCAAUUGUUCCAGUUUCAUCGCAGUAAAUCUUGGUGAUGAUAUAACAUGCUUGUGUGAAGGAAAAGGUGGAAAACCUCCAGCCAAUGUGACAUGGUAUAAAGAUGGCGUCCAGUUUGGCGACACAGAACAGGAACAAAACGUGUUGAAUCUCAGUAAUGUCAGUGAAACAGAUAAUGGAACAUACACAUGUGUUGGAAAAAGCCACACUCUCACGGAUGAGAAAUCAAUUGAGGUUGAUUUUAAUUACGAAAAAUCACACUCGAAAAGGUCGAAGGACGGAACUAAAUGGUAUAUUUCGUUAAUCAUCGUCGUGGCUGUAAUUAUUGUUGUACUUUGUGUUGCAUAUGCUGUUGUGUAUUGUCGUCGACGAUGGUUAGGAAACAGAAAUGGUGGAUCGAGUACCGGUGUUCAAGAUACAAAUGCAGAUCAAAUUUACGAAGAGAUUGAUCUUAAAAUUGUGCCGCAAAAAUUCUGCUACCAGUCACCGAAGGGCUCCGUAAGCGAUGGAUACUCGAGAUUAAAAUCCCAGUAAUGCGACUUUAUUUUCAGAAAAAUCACACUCGAAAAGGUCGAAGAACGGAACUAAAUGGUAUAUUUCGUUAAUCAUCGUCGUGGCUGUAAUUAUUGUUGUACUUUGUGUUGCAUAUGCUGUUGUGUAUUGUCGUCGACGAUGGUUAGGAAACAGAAAUGGUGGAUCGAGUACCGGUGUUCAAGAUACAAAUGCAAAUCAAAUUUACGAAGAGAUUGAUCUUAAAAUUGUGCCGCAAAAAUUCUGCUACCAGUCACCGAAGGGCUCCGUAAGCGAUGGAUACUCGAGAUUAAAAUCCCAGUAAUGCGACUUUAUUUUCAGAAAAAUCACACUCGAAAAGGUCGAAGAACGGAACUAAAUGGUAUAUUUCGUUAAUCAUCGUCGUGGCUGUAAUUAUUGUUGUACUUUGUGUUGCAUAUGCUGUUGUGUAUUGUCGUCGACGAUGGUUAGGAAACAGAAAUGGUGGAUCGAGUACCGGUGUUCAAGAUACAAAUGCAAAUCAAAUUUACGAAGAGAUUGAUCUUAAAAUUGUGCUGCAAAAAUUCCGCUACCAGUCACCGAAGGGCUCCGUAAACGAUGGAUACUCGAGAUAUGCUGCUUUAGAUAAGGCAAGAGUUACAGACAACACUUAUCAAACUCUAAAAUAACUAGUCACAGUAAUACGAUAGAAUUCACGGUAACGAAUUCCCAGAACUGCAUGUCAAGCAUUUUUUAAGUAAACUAAAUACUAAACUGACUACAACAAAUUUUCUAAAGAUAGGGGGUGGAAAAUAACAUAAAUUAUAACGUAAUUAUGCAAACCUAAUUUAGCCCUAUGUAACUCGUAUAGUAAAAUUCGAAAACGGGUAGUAAAUUUCGGCUUGGUGGCCGGAUGGGAGGUUGCCACCAAUUUCAAAAAACUUUAGUUGACGACGAGGUAAAAAAUCAAUAAUUAUUAUACCUAAUUUUUACUCAUAAAAUAUCAUCUGUAAGCUAAAAUACAAACACGUUGUAUUAUAAUAUCUCGACCCUAAUUUGUUAAUCACAGCUAGUCCUAAAAACAGUGGAAAAUAUGUAACAAUAGUGCAUUCAACCAUUAAGAUGCGGACGUAAGA